AUGAAAAUGAAAAAAUAUUUAUUAUUGAUAUUAAUAAUAAUAAUAAUAGAAAAAAUAAAUAUAAUAAAAUGUUUUGAAGAAAUUUCAAUUGAAAUUUCAAUAAAAGAAGAAGAAGAAAAUGGUACAAUGAUUAUUGAUUUAAGAUCAUAUAUAAAAUCUGAAUUCUUACAAAAUAAUAAUUCAAAUGGUUAUAUAAUAAGAUUUGUUCGUCCAUGUUUAAAUUUAUAUAUAGAUAAAGAAAAUUCAUUUAAAAUUCGUUCAUUUAAAAUCGAUCGUGAAAAACUUUGUCCAUAUGAAAAAUUUUGUUAUUUAAAUUGUGAUUUAUUUAUAGAAAAAGAAGCAAUAAAAUUAGUAAAAUUAAAAAUAAAUAUUGAAGAUAUAAAUGAUCAUAAACCAAAAUUUAAAAAAGAAUUAUAUUCAUAUGAAUUAGAUGAAAAUUUAUUAAUAGGUUUUCGUUUACAAUUAGAACAAGCUGAAGAUAAAUGUUUAAUUGAAAUAAAUAUUUUAGAAAAUCAACAAUAUAAUAAUUUACCACCAAAAUUUGAUUUAAAUUUAUAUAAAUUUUUUAUAUUUAAUUUAAAUGAAACAUUUAUAGGAAAAGUUCAUGCAAAAAAUGAUUUUAAUUUUAAUUUUAAUUUAAACAAUAAUAAUAAUAAUUAUAAACAAAUAUAUUAUCGUAUAAUUCCAUCAAUAGAAAAUUCAAAUUUAUUNNNUUUUUUUUUUGUUGGCCAAGUUUUCAAUUGCGUCUUCUCAGUGCGUAUUUGCCUGAGUGUCUAG